GAGGUAUAUGUAAGAAGAGAGAUGGAAUUCAAGAAAUAUUACCUCGACUUAAUGAUGGUACCUUUAUCGUUUAUGAUAUCUAUUAGCUAUCACCUUUGGUUAUGGCAUAAAGUUCGGACUCAACCACUCUCGACUGUUAUUGGUGCAAAUGCUCAUGGACGUCGGUUGUGGGUAUCUACCAUUAUGAAGGAUAACGAAAAGAAAAACAUACUAGCCAUCCAAACAAUUCGUAACACAAUCAUGGGAUCGACUCUAAUGGCCACCACAUCGAUUGUUUUGUGCUGCGGUUUAGCAGCAGUUGUUAGUAGCAGCUAUAGUGUUAAGAAGCCACUUAACGACACUAUUUAUGGGGCUCAAGGACAAUUCAUGGUGGCACUUAAGUACGUCACACUCCUUGUCCUCUUUCUCUUCUCGUUCAUGUGUCACUCUCUAUCUAUCAGAUUCAUAAGCCAAGUGAAUUUCCUAAUUAAUUGUCCGCAAGAUUCGACAUUGACUUCGACAUACGUAUCAGAGCUUUUAGAGAAGAGUUUCACACUUAGCAUGAUCGGAAACCGGCUUUUCUACUCGGCGCUUCCGGUUAUGCUUUGGAUUUUUGGGCCCGUGCUAGUUUUGUUGUGUUCUUCCACCAUGGUGCCCGUGCUAUACAAUCUCGAUUUAUUGUUUGGAGAUUCAAAGAAUGGGAAGAUGGUGAAAUAGCAAACUGUGUUUUUGUUUGUAAGAUUUACUGCCAGCAUUGUUUACGAAACAAUCGAGUAUGUGUUCCCUUUCUUGAACGUAAAACGUAUUUUGUUG